CCCGCCUCGACCCUGCGGCACUGCGGCUUCUCCUCCCGCUGUCUCGUCGGUACCCCCGCGAUCUCAUUGGCGCUCCCCGUCCACUGCUUUGUUGUUCCUUUACUCCGCCAUGGAUUGCCGUACCUCGGCCAUGCUCCCUUCUCGCGUAUAAUGGUGCGCAAGCGCAAGGCCACUACCCCGAUAUAUACAGACUACACAACCAACAUCCCGUCAAAACGUCCGGAAAACAAACACACCGUCCAGUCAAGUGAGGACGAGCGCGAAACUGGAAGCGACGGUGGUUCUUUGGAAGAAGACGAGUUCUAUAUCAACUGCAUACUAGAUGAAACCGAAUCGCAAUACCUGAUCGACUGGGAAGGAGAUUACACGCCCACUUGGGAACCUAAGGAACACGCCAACGAUUCGGCAGUUCAAGCUUGGGAGGAAAGGAAACAGCAAGGUCGCUCCCAGAAGGAAACUCCGCUGAACACUCCGCCACCAGAAUCACUCCUCCUCAGCCCUCGAGAGCACAGCACGGAACGCCUGGACCCUGCACCUGUUUCUCCCGGAAUCGAAUCCCAGCAUACUUGUUCGAGUUCUCCACUAUUUGUCCCGGCUGCAAGUAUACCAGAGACGUAUCUGUCGCCAGGCGACCCUGCCAGCGCUAAUUCUACCUCGUUCAGCCUGCUCAACCCGUACGAAUCCGCGAACGAUAUUGAAUCCGACCUCGAAGAAACAUCAUUAGAAGCACAACCGGUCAUUGCUGGCGUGUUCGAACUCUCCUCAGCUUCCUCCAUCCCCGCCCAGCUCAGACUUCCCGACGAGAUCGAAGAGACACCGAUCAGGUCUGUAUAUGCCAGAAUAACACCUGAUAAGGAGAAGAACAACAUUUCGGAAGCGGACGGCUUGGUGAUUUCCGGGAGAAUCGACGAGCUUCCUCUUCCCAAGUCUCCGGGACUUUCGGGACUUCGUAACCCGCAGGAAAGCUUGCCAAACAACGAGGUUCAAGCUGAUAGUGAGAUACCGGAAACCCCGUCUGCUCUUCUUGGUGAACCCAAAAGCCCGAGGUCGCGCAUUAUUCCCGCCACUGGCUCACAUCACUCUUUCACGUCAUCUAUUUGCCGCUCAAUCCCGGACACCACGGCUGUAUCUCAACUGCACUCCUCGAUAGUCUGUUCAACCCCAGGGCAUCCUAUUACUAGACGUGCGAGCACCGUGGCGGAAACGGUCAUAGCGAUUACACCUCACACUCCAGCAAACGCAGAAUUCCAGGGUUCAGCCUCUGGUUCUAUGACGAUUGGUCCUGAUCCAGGUGUGGACAUCUACGCAAUGGAUGAUCAAGAUAAGAAGGGUGGAACGACCCUGUCCGACGUCAUGGACAAGUAUAGCCAGUUCGAGGGGUCCACGCCAAAGGAAAAGCUUAUGAAUGCGUAUGCUCAGCUACGUACAAGCAAGUCCAAUCCCACGCCCGAUGCAAGUGCCACGCCGUCCUCUGCUGGAGACAUAGAGCCUUCUGCUCCUGUGCCGGUCCCUGAGACAGCCCCUCCCCUCAGCGUCCGAGUCGACAAAGAGCCUACACAUCAUGCCCACCCGGAGCCAGCACCUACCAUGCCAGUUGCCCCCGUGGAGCCCGUAGGAAUGGAACCCCCUCAACACAUUGACAUGCAGCACACCGGUAUUCAGACGAUUCAACCCAGCGCAUUGACGGUGAUGCAUACCGAGGAGCCAAUUCCUGGAGCAGUGCACCUUGGCCCGUCUGAAUUCGCUAUUCCGCUCCCGAUGGAUUCCAGAGUCAAAGAUGACUACGAAAAAGUCCUGACUAGUGAGAGCCAGAGCAUUCGCAAUUUCCUCAACAUAACAAGCGCCCCGUCCAAGAUUCCAGAGGAUCAGCAUGAACACCUUGUGUCCACAAUGAAUGGGGUACUAGAGCGCCUUAACAAUGUCACGACUCAUCCGGACCUGAACACGCUUGAUCAUGCCAAAGCGUCGGACUCUGAUGUAGAAAAGGAAGCCGCCUGGGCCGAGUACUCUAGCGCAAAGUUUCAGCUCAUAAGUUACCUCUUGGAAAUUGCCAGAAUGCGUGAUAUGCACUUGAUCAUCAUGGUGCACGGCGAGAAAACUCAGCGGGUUGUCGAACGUUAUCUCUUGGGAAAGAGCCUGACGUAUACGCGCCCACGCCAGGAAAUGGGAUCUGGAACGAAUGCAGAGGUGUCAUUGAUAAAGGGCCCAUUAAGCUUUGGUGUUCAGUCCACAGCCAAUGACGGCGUUAUGGAAACCUACAAAGCCCCUUCUGCCAUCAUUGCGUUCGAUUCGUUAUUCAACGUCAAGAACCCUACGGUGGAACAUAUGCGAACCACUUUUGCUCGUAACGGCAAUUUGCUUCCCGUGAUCCGUCUGAUGGUGUCAAACUCGAGUGAGCAUAUUGGGCUUUGUUUCCCCGGCCUUCCAGAACUCGAACGGCUCCGAUUGAUUAUUCAAUAUACCAUACGUCUCCGGAGUUCAGUCGGUGACCUCCAGGAUGAUGCCCUUGGGGUACAUGAAGACGCAGAAGAGCUGUUGUCGUGUCUGGAGUCCGAUAAUGCUAAUGCCCAUUGGUCUCUACCACACAUAGAGUCUUUGGACAUUGUAAGCCCGGAGGAGCUUGAGGCUACUCAGCAUGAACUGCAGAGCCGACCUAGUGUCGAUGUCUCAUCGUUGAUGACUUCGCAGACCCAGAAGCGAGCGUUUGAGGAAGAUAUCACUGAACAAUCUUCGAAACGGCCAAGGGUCGAGGAGUCACAAGAUUCAAGUCAGUUCACCGAGUCAACCAAUUUCCCCAGUCAAACUUUAAAUGGUGGACUCCGAUCACUCGAGAGAAACGUUGUCCAGAUGAAGACCGCGCACGCAGCGGAAGUCGAUAGGCUCCAAAAGGCUCUAGCGGAAGCCCAAGCCCGUCUUCAGGAGAGGGACAGCGUUCUUGAAAAGCUACAGCACCGCUACGAGACUCGCACCAAAGAUUCUCAUCAGCUCCAACGAGAGCGGGAGCGCCUCGCGGAAGCCAAGGCUACAUCUGAUCAAAAGCUGGAAAAGCAGAAAGAGGACAUCGCCAAGCUGAAAGACGAGCGCACCCAGCUACGACACGAACUAGAACAGGCCCGCGAAUCCCUCAAAGCAGGCGGGGGCAGUUCCGCGGAACUAGAGUCAGCAAGGGAAGAAAUUCGCCGUUUGAACGAAGAAAACGCCUCGUUCAAGCGAAAAGCCGAGUAUGAGGCCCGGCAGGCCGAGUACACUCGCGAACAGUACCAGACUGCCUCGACCGUCGCCGCACAGUCAGGCAACGAAGCCCGGCAACUGCGCGAAGAAAACGAGAACCUCACCCGGAAAGUCGCCGGCGACGCCAGCCGUCUGCGCGAGCUCAACAUGAAAAACGACGAGGCUCGCCACCUGUCGCGUGUGGUGGAGUUAGAAUCGCUCCUGCGCUCGCGCGAGGAUCUCCUCCGCAGGAAAGAAGAGGAGGUUCGAGAACUUCGCAAAAACCGGCCCUCCACGCGCUCGACGAGCACGCAGCCACGAAGCCCCAAAUGGACAGCAGGUAAUAGCCGGCCCACGAGCCCCGGUAUCAACAACAACAGCAAUAAUAAUGGCUCGUCUCUUGCAGGGCGUGGAAGUACACUAAGGUACAGCGAGGUCCGCUAAGGUACUACUUGUUACUACAGCGAAAAUGCCUCUUUAGUUCACCUCACCUACAUACUCGAUGCAACGUCACUUCCUUCUUCCAUCUCAUCUCGCCAACCACUCGCCCGAUCAGCUGCGCAACAAUCAACCCCCCUUCCUCCAUUCCUUUCCACCCUUGCA